GUAGGUACCUCCCAGAAGCUUGAAAUUCUUCCCAUGUCGGCCAUGUUGGAGCUCUCAGCCUCGUCACUUACCCAAUGCGAAGUUAACUACGAAACCUUGAAUCGGUCGCCCUCUAGCCUCAAGUCUAGAGCUUUAGCCGUGUCUGCGCAUUACCUUUGGGCCUAGCUUACCUAAAUAUCGGCUCGCCGUCUUGUCUCCAAGACUAGACCACUACAAAGGGAGAUGUCGAAGAGACAAGCCUCCGAGGCUCUCGACGAUUUGUACGGCGUAGACUCGCCUGCUUCUAAGAAGUCACGGUUCGAUGAAGGCCCCGAUCUUAAUGGGAAUGUUACUGCAACACCGUCGGAGAGGCCCGAAGAUAGCGUCGCGGACAUUGAAAGCGACAACGAUGAUUUCGAUGAUGAACCCGCGAAGGCACCCAUAAGACAAUCCGCGCCAACAGAAGGGUACAGCGACUUGUAUCUUGACACGAUAGAUCGUAACGUCCUCGACUUCGACUUCGAGAAAUUGUGUUCCAUCAGUCUAUCCAACAUAAAUGUUUAUGCUUGUUUAGUAUGCGGAAAAUACUUCCAGGGAAGAGGGCCUAAAUCACACGCGUACUUCCAUGCGCUCGAGGACGGCCAUCAUGUCUUCAUUAAUAUGGAGACGCAGAAGGUCUACGUCUUGCCCGAGGGCUACGAAGUCAAGAGCAAGUCGCUUGACGACAUCAAAUACGUCUCUGAUCCUAGAUAUACGAAGGAGGAGGUUAUGCAGCUGGACCGCAAGCCUAGGACAGCGUGGAUACUUGGUGGAAAACCGUACACUCCGGGCUAUGUGGGCAUGAAUAAUAUCAAAGAGAAUGACUAUCUAAACGUGGUAGUUCAGGCUCUGUCUCAUAUCGCGCCAUUGCGGAACUUUUUCUUGCUCGAGGAUUUUUCGUCACGCCCAGAACUCGUCAAACGCUGCGCCAUCCUUUUCCGGAAGAUCUGGAACCCUCGCGCCUUCAAGAGCCACGUGUCACCUCAUGAACUUCUUCAAGAGAUUUCUCUGAGAUCUAACAAGAAAUUCACCUUAACAGAGCAAUCAGACCCAGUCGACUUCCUAUCUUGGUUCUUGAACAAUCUACAUCUAGGUCUAGGUGGGAGCAAGACGAAACCAGGUAGCAGUAUUAUACAACGCAUAUUUCAAGGCAAGCUCAAGGUCGAGUCGCAAGCCAUCACAGCCAAGGCUGAUGUUGGUGACCGGUUACGGUUCGAAGAGGCAGCUGAGGUCAAGACGGAUAUCACGCGAUUCUUACUACUCACUCUCGACUUACCUCCAGCGCCUUUAUUCCAGGACGAAAUGGAAGGCAACAUCAUCCCCCAAGUGCCUUUGACCACCAUAUUGUCCAAGUAUGAUGGGGUAAAGGCGCAGGAACACCUAGCUCAGAGAAAACGCUAUCGACUAAUGCACCCUUUGCCCCCAUAUCUCAUUUUCCAUAUCAAACGCUUUUCCAAGAACAAAUUUGUCUCAGAACGCAAUCCAACCAUUGUUACAUUCGAUGCGCGUGUUGGUCUGGACGCCUCACCCUACGUAGAACCAAGUCCGGCAGACCACCCCCCUGGGGAGCCAAUCUGGUAUGACCUCGUGGCCAAUGUCACACACGAGGCUGUGCGAGCUAAGGAAGACGUUGCGGACACUGGUGAGGAGCGCAAGACAUGGAAGGUUCAGCUGAAAGACAAGGGCCGGGAUGAAUGGGUCGUGUGUCAAGAUUUGUUUGUAGAAGAUAUUCAGAAGGAACUCCUGUAUCUUGGUGAAUCGUACUUACAAAUCUGGGAGAGGAGGCGAGAUUCUAGGGGGAAGCAAAAGAAAUAAGUCAUAUGAACGCCUCAGCCUUACAUUAACUCAAAUCAGAGCCCCUAAUACGAUACCACAUGUACUUACAAGAAGCAUAUGCUUCAGCCUGAUCGUUGCAUCGUUCGGCCCUUCAUGCAACUCGGCAGGUUUCAAAUCCUCGGUAUAGUGUGUUAUUGACGAUGACAUACUAUGUAUAGUGAGUUCGUGAGACUUAUUUUCAUACCCAUGACUGGGCUGUUCAUGCGAACUAGUGUAGGAGGUGUAUAAGCGAGGUUUCGGAUCCUCAACUCGCCAGAACUACCGUACUACUUAAGUAUUUGAAGGCAUACUCGGCCAAUAAUCUAACUUGUAACUCCUAUGUAUAUAUUUUCCACGUGCUUAUUAGCAACUUUCUUUUUGGCUUCCAGC